CUGGGGUUCUCAGGAGGGGAGAGUUGGGAGAGGAUUUGCUGCUGAGGAGGUUUAUUUGAUAACUUGAAGGGUUGAACAGGAGCUACAGAAAAGGAAAGAAAAAAAAUCCGUAUAAACCAAUGGUUUUCCGAAAGAGAAUAACCACAUUGCCUUGAGCUUGUAGGUGCCGCUACUACUCUGGGAAAAUGGCGGAUGACGAAGAGUAUGAGGAGGUGGUGGAGUACUACACAGAGGAGACAGUGUAUGAAGAGGUGCCAGGAGAGACAAUAACAAAAGUCAUUGAAACUACGACUACAAGGACAAUACCCGGCUAUGACCAAUCAGAAACUUUCACAACAACACUGCCACAGCCAGAACCGGCAGAGCCGAAACAGAGGAAGAAGGUCGUCCGAAAGAAGGUUGACUCUUCCAAGUUCAUGACCCCCUACAUUGAACACAGUCAGAAAAUGCAGAAUCUAUUUAGCCCAAAUAAAUACAAGGAGAGCUAUGAGAAAGCAAAAGGACAGUCAUACGCCAGCACAACCGAUACUCCAGAACUUCGCAGAAUCAAAAAAGUGCAAGACCAACUCAGUGAGGUUAAGUAUCGAAUGGAUGGUGAUGUUGCUAAAACUAUCUGUCAUGUGGACGAAAAAGCCAAAGAUAUUGAACAUGCAAAGAAAGUGUCGCAGCAAGUCAGCAAGGUUUUAUACAAGCAGAACUGGGAAGACACCAAGGAUAAGUACCUGCUUCCCCCUGAUGCCCCUGAACUUGUCCAGGCCAUUAAGAACACAGCCAUGUUCAGUAAGAAACUGUACACUGAAGACUGGGACGCCGACAAAAGUUUGUUUUACCCGUAUAAUGACAGCCCGGAACUGCGGAGGGUUGCCCAGGCCCAGAAAGCUCUCAGUGAUGUUGCCUACAAAAAAGGUCACGCUGAACAGCAGUCUCAGUUCACGCCUCUGGCUGACCCUCCAGAUAUAGAAUUUGCCAAGAAAGUAACCAAUCAAGUGAGCAAGCAAAAAUACAAAGAAGACUAUGAAAAUAAAGUCAAAGGCAAAUGGAGUGAGACACCUUGCUUUGAAAUUGCAACGGCCAGAAUGAAUGCUGACAACAUCAGCACAAGGAAGUAUCAGGAAGAUUUUGAGAACAUAAAAGACCAGAUCUACUUCAUGCAGACUGAAACACCGGAAUAUAAAAUGAAUAAGCUGGCUGGGGUCGCAGCUAGCAAGGUAAAAUACAAAGAAGACUAUGAAAAAAACAAAGGAAAAGCAGAUUAUAAUGUACUUCCUGCCUCGGAGAACCCGUUGCUCAGGCAGUUGAAGGCUGCAGGAAAUGUCCUGAGUGAUAAACUAUACAAGGAAAACUAUGAAAAGACAAAGGCAAAGAGCAUAAAUUACUGCGAGACCCCCAAAUUUAAGCUUGAUACAGUUUUGCACAACUUCAGUAGUGAUACCAAAUAUAAAGACUCCUACUUAAAGAAUAUUUUGGGGCACUAUGUAGGCAGUUUUGAAGAUCCGUAUCAUUCACACUGCAUGAAAGUGGCAUCUCAAAACAGUGAUAAAAACUACAAAGCAGAAUAUGAAGAGGACAGAGGCAAAGGCUUCUUCCCUCAGACCAUAACUCAGGAAUAUGAAGCAAUCAAGAAGCUGGAUCAGUGUAAAGAUCACACCUACAAAGUGCAUCCCGACAAAACCAAAUUCACUCAAGUGACCGACUCUCCCAUCCUGGUACAAGCUCAAGUCAACUCCAAGCAACUGAGCGAUCUAAAUUACAAAGCAAAACAUGAAAAUGAAAAGUUCAAGUGCCAUAUACCUCCCGAUACUCCUGCCUUCAUCCAGCACAAAGUCAAUGCUUAUAACCUCAGCGAUAAUGCUUAUAAGCAAGACUGGGAGAAGAGCAAAGCCAAGAAGUUUGACAUCAAGGUGGAUGCCAUUCCCCUGCUGGCCGCCAAGGCCAACAGCAGGAACGCUAGCGAUGUGAUGUACAAGAAAGACUAUGAGAAGAGCCGCGGGAAGAUGAUUGGCGCCCUCAGCAUCAAUGACGAUCCCAAGAUGCUGCACUCCUUGAAGACGGCCAAAAACCAGAGCGAUAGGUUAUACAAGGAAAACUAUGAGAAGACAAAGGCAAAGAGCGUGAAUUACUGUGAGACCCCUAAAUAUCAACUUGACACUCUGCUGAAGAAUUUCAGUGAGGCUAAAUACAAAGAUUCGUAUGUAAAGAAUAUUCUGGGACACUAUGUGGGCAGCUUUGAGGACCCCUAUCAUACACACUGCUUGAAAGUUUCUGCUCAAAACAGUGACAAAAGUUACAAAGCAGAGUAUGAAGAAGAUAAAGGGAAAGGCUUCUUCCCUCAGACAAUAACACAAGAAUACGAAGCAAUCAAGAAGCUAGACCAGUGUAAAGAUCAUACCUACAAAGUUCAUCCGGAUAAGACUAAAUUCACGGCAGUCACUGAUACUCCUGUACUACUGCAAGCGCAGCUCAACACCAAGCAGCUCAGUGAUCUGAAUUACAAAGCAAAGCAUGAAAGUGAGAAGUUCAAGUGCAGCGUGCCGGCGGAUGCCCCGCAGUUCAUCCAGCACAGAGUCAAUGCCUAUAACCUGAGCGAUAAUGUUUAUAAGCAAGACUGGGAGAAGAGCAAAGCCAAGAAGUUUGACAUCAAGGUGGACGCCAUUCCCCUGCUGGCCGCCAAGGCCAACAGCAGGAACGCUAGCGAUGUGAUGUACAAGAAGGACUAUGAGAAGAGCCGCGGGAAGAUGAUUGGCGCCCUCAGCAUCAAUGACGAUCCCAAGAUGCUGCACUCCUUGAAGACGGCCAAAAACCAGAGCGAUCGUGAAUAUCGCAAAGACUAUGAAAAGUCAAAAACUGUCUACACAGCACCACUUGAUAUGGUCCAAGUCACUCAAGCUAAGAAAUCUCAGGAGAUUGCCAGCGAUGUGGACUACAGACACAUCUUACACAACUACAGCUACCCACCAGACAGUGUCAACAUAGAUCUCGCCAAGAAGGCGUAUGCCCUGCAGAGCGAUGUUGAGUACAAAGCUGACUACAACAGCUGGAUGAAAGGCUGUGGCUGGGUGCCUUUUGGGUCCCUGGAAAUGGAAAAGGCAAAGCGAGCUUCAGACAUCCUUAACGAGAAAAAAUAUCGCCAGCAUCCAGACACACUCAAGUUCACCUCGAUUGAAGAUGCUCCCAUUACAGUGCAGUCUAAAAUUAACCAGGCCCAGAGGAGUGACGUCGCUUACAAAGCCAAAGGAGAGGAAAUUCUGCACAAGUACAACCUGCCGGCAGACCUCCCACAAUUCAUUCAGGCUAAAGUUAACGCCUACAAUAUCAGUGAGAGCAUGUACAAAGCAGACCUGAAAGACUUGAGCAAGAAGGGCUACGACCUGAGAACCGAUGCGAUUCCCAUCAAAGCUGCCAAGGCUGCCAGGCAGGCGGCCAGUGACGUUCAGUAUAAAAAGGAUUAUGAAAAAGCUAAAGGGAAGAUGGUUGGCUUCCAAAGUCUCCAAGAUGAUCCUAAACUGGUUCAUUACAUGAACGUGGCCAAGAUACAGUCAGACCGGGAGUACAAGAAAGACUACGAAAAGACGAAGACCAAAUACAACACGCCUCACGAUAUGUUCAACGUCGUGGCUGCCAAGAAAGCGCAGGAUGUGAUCAGCAAUGCCAACUACAAGCAUCCCCUGCACCACUACACCUACCUGCCCGACGCCAUGGGCCUCGAGCUGUCUAAGCACAUGAUGCACAUCCAGAGCGACAACGCCUACAAAGAUGACUACAACACCUCGAUGAAGGGCAUUGGCUGGGUACCCAUCGGCAGCCUCGACGCAGAAAAAGUCAGAAAGGCGGGUGAUGCCCUGAAUGAAAAGAAGUACAGGCAGCACCCCGACACCCUCAAGUUCACCAGCGUCAUGGACUCCCCCGUCAUGGUCCAGGCAAAGCAGAACACGCAGCAAGUCAGCGAUAUCUUAUACAAAGCUAAAGGAGAAGACGUGAAGCAUAAAUACACCAUCAGUCCUGAUCUUCCACAGUUUUUACAAGCCAAGUGCAAUGCUUACAAUAUAAGUGAUGCCUGUUACAAACGAGACUGGCAUGAUUUAAUAGCCAAGGGCAACAACGUCCUGGCCGACGCCAUUCCCAUCACUGCAGCGAAGUCGUCGAGAAACAUCGCCAGUGACUAUAAAUACAAAGAAGCGUACGAGAAGGCAAAGGGAAAGCAUGUGGGCUUUAGAAGCCUCCAGGAUGACCCCAAGCUGGUCCAUUACAUGAAUGUGGCGAAACUGCAGUCAGAUCGCGAAUACAAGAAGAACUAUGAGAACACCAAAACCAGCUACCACACCCCCGGGGACAUGGUUAGCAUUACAGCUGCAAAGAUGGCCCAGGACGUAGCCACCAAUGUCAACUACAAACAGCCCAUUCAUCACUACACGUACCUGCCCGAUGCCAUGAGUCUUGAGCACACAAGGAAUGCGAAUCAGAUCCAGAGUGACAAUGUGUAUAAGGAUGAGUACAACAACUUCUUCAAGGGCAUCGGGUGGAUCCCUAUUGGCUCUCUGGAGGUGGAGAAGGCCAAGAAGGCGGGCGAUGCAUUAAAUGAGAGGAAGUAUCGGCAGCACCCCGACACCAUCAAGUUCACCAGCGUGCCUGACUCCAUGGGCAUGGUUCUGGCUCAGCAGAACACAAAGCAAAUAAGUGAUCUGAACUACAAGGUGGAGGGAGAGAAAGUAAAGCACAAGUACACGAUGGACCCUGACUUGCCUCAGUUUAUUCAGGCCAAGGUCAACGCCGUCAACAUGAGCGAUGCUCAUUAUAAAGCAGACUGGAAGAAGACCCUCGCUAAGGGCUAUGAUUUGAGACCAGAUGCCAUUCCCAUCGUUGCUGCGAAGAGUUCCAGGAACAUUGCUAGCGAUUGCAAGUACAAAGAGGCUUACGAGAAAGCCAGAGGCAAGCAGAUUGGAUUUCUCAGUCUUCAGGAUGACCCUAAGCUGGUUCACUACAUGAAUGUAGCGAAAAUACAAUCAGAUCGUGAGUACAAGAAAGGGUACGAAGCCAGCAAGACCCGGUACCACACGCCUUUGGACAUGUUUAGUGUGACCGCUGCCAAGAGGGCGCAGGAGGUUGCCACCAACACCAACUACAGACAGCCCUUCCACGGCUACACGCUCCUGCCGGACGCCUUGGGUGUGGAGCACUCCAGGAACGCCAUGCAGAUUCAGAGCGACAACCUCUACAAAUCCGACUUCACCAACUGGAUGAAAGGGAUCGGCUGGGUCCCCAUAGAGUCCUUGGAGGUGGAGAAGGCCAAGAAGGCGGGAGAGAUUCUGAGUGAGAAGAAGUACCGCCAGCACCCCGAGAAGCUGAAGUUCACGUACGCCAUGGACACAAUGGAGCAGGCCCUGAACAAGAGUAACAAACUGAAUAUGGACAAGAGACGCUACACUGAAAAAUGGAACAAAGAUAAGGCUACCAUUCAUGUCAUGCCUGAUACUCCAGACAUUUUACUCUCCAGAGCAAACCAGAUCACCAUGAGUGAUAAACUCUACAGAGCUGGCUGGGAAGAAGAAAAGAAGAAAGGCUACGACCUGAGGCCUGAUGCCAUCCCAAUAAAGGCUGCGAGAGCCUCUAGAGACAUCGCCAGUGACUACAAAUACAAGCAAGCCUAUGAGCAAGCCAAAGGGAAGCACAUCGGCUUCCGGAGCCUGGAGGACGACCCGAAGUUGGUGCACUUCAUGCAGGUGGCCAAGAUGCAGUCAGACCGGGAAUACAAGAAGGGAUACGAGAAAUCCAAGACAUCGUUCCACACCCCGGUGGACAUGGUCAGCGUGGUGGCAGCCAAAAAGUCUCAGGAAGUGGCCACCAAUGCCAACUACAGGAACAUCAUUCAUACCUACAACAUGCUCCCUGAUGCCAUGAGCUUUGAGCUGGCCAAGAAUAUGAUGCAGAUUCAGAGUGAUAAUCAGUACAAAGCUGACUAUGCUGACUUCAUGAAGGGUAUUGGCUGGCUCCCUCUGGGCUCCCUGGAAGCUGAGAAGAACAAGAAAGCCAUGGAGAUUAUCAGCGAAAAGAAGUACCGGCAGCACCCAGACACUUUGAAGUAUUCCACACUGAUGGACUCCAUGAACAUGGUUUUGGCCCAGAAUAAUGCAAAAAUUAUGAAUCAACACCUCUACAAACAAGCAUGGGAAGCAGAGAAGACCAAAGUCCACAUCAUGCCUGACAUCCCCGAGGUUAUCUUGGCAAAGGCAAAUGCAAUUAACAUGAGUAAUAAACUCUACAAACUUUCUUUGGAAGAGUCUAAAAAGAAAGGCUACGACCUGAGGACAGACGCAAUUCCUAUCAAAGCCGCCAAGGCCUCACGAGAUAUCGCGAGUGAUUAUAAAUAUAAGUACAAUUAUGAGAAGGAGAAGGGAAGAAUGGUUGGUUUCCGCAGCCUUGAGGAUGACCCCAAACUAGUCCACUCCAUGCAAGUGGCUAAGAUGCAAUCUGAUCGCGAAUACAAGAAGAACUACGAGAAGACAAAGACCAGCUACCAUACCCCCGCCGACAUGCUCAGUGUCACGGCCGCAAAGGACGCCCAAGCCAACAUCACCAACACAAACUACAAGCACCUGAUUCACAAGUACAUCCUCCUGCCCGAUGCGAUGAACCUUGAGCUGACCAGGAACAUGAAUCGCAUACAGAGCGACAACGAAUAUAAGCAAGACUACAAUGAGUGGUAUAAAGGCCUUGGCUGGAGCCCGGCUGGUUCCCUAGAAGUGGAGAAGGCCAAGAAAGCCACGGAGUAUGCCAGUGAUCAGAAAUACCGCCAGCAUCCGAGCAACUUCCAGUUCAAGAAGCUGACUGACUCCAUGGACAUGGUGCUGGCCAAGCAGAAUGCGCACACCAUGAACAAGCAUUUAUACACUGUUGAUUGGAAUAAUGAUAAGACCAAGAUUCAUGUGAUGCCCGAUACACCAGAUAUUUUACAAGCCAAGCAGAACCAAACACUCUAUAGUCAGAAACUCUAUAAACUUGGAUGGGAAGAAGCUUUGAAGAAAGGCUACGAUCUCCCAGUUGAUGCAAUUUCCGUGCAGCUGGCCAAGACAUCAAGGGACAUCGCUAGUGAUUUUAAAUAUAAACAAGGCUACCGGAAGCAGCUUGGACACCAUAUUGGAUUCCGGAGUUUGCAAGAUGACCCAAAACUUGUAUUGUCUAUGAACGUAGCCAAAAUGCAGAGUGAAAGGGAGUAUAAGAAAGACUUUGAGAAGUGGAAAACCAAGUACACAAGUCCUGUGGACAUGCUGGGUGUGGUGCUGGCCAAGAAAUGUCAGGCCUUGGUUAGCGAUGUGGACUACAAGCACUACUUACAUCAGUGGACCUGUCUGCCCGAUCAGAAUGACGUUACCCAAGCUAAAAAAGUGUAUGAGCUGCAGAGUGAGAAUUUGUAUAAGUCUGACCUUGAAUGGCUCAAAGGCAUAGGAUGGAGCCCCCUGGGUUCUUUGGAAGCAGAGAAGAAUAAGCGGGCUUCGGAAAUCAUCAGUGAAAAGAAAUAUCGUCAGCCUCCAGACAAAAACAAGUUUACCAGCAUUCCUGACGCCAUGGACAUAGUUCUGGCAAAGACAAAUGCCAAAAACAGGAGUGAUAGACUUUAUAGAGAAGCGUGGGACAAGGACAAGACUCAAGUUCACAUCAUGCCAGAUACACCUGACAUUAUUCUGGCUAAGGCAAACUUAAUCAAUACAAGUGAUAAACUCUACCGAAUGGGUUAUGAAGAGCUGAAGAAAAAAGGCUACGACCUCCCUGUGGAUGCCAUACCCAUCAAAGCAGCGAAAGCGUCCCAGGAAAUUGCCAGUGAAUACAAAUACAAAGAUGGUUACCGCAAGCAACUGGGCCACCACAUCGGGGCCCGGAACAUUGAGGACGACCCCAAGAUGAUGUGGUCCAUGCAUGUGGCCAAGAUCCAGAGUGACAGGGAAUACAAGAAGGACUUUGAGAAGUGGAAGACCAAGUUCAGCAGCCCAGUGGACAUGCUGGGCGUGGUGCUGGCCAAGAAGUGCCAGAUCUUUGUGAGUGACGUGGACUACAAGCACCCUCUGCACCAGUGGACGUGUCUGCCCGACCAGAACGACGUCAUCCACGCUCGGCAGGCCUAUGACCUCCAGAGCGACAAUCUGUACAAGUCUGAUCUUAACUGGCUAAGAGGCAUUGGCUGGCUGCCUUCUGGCUCUCUUGAGGAUGAGAAGAACAAAAGAGCCAGUCAGAUUCUGAGUGACCAUGUUUACCGUCAGCACCCAGAUCAGUUUAAAUUCUCCAGCCUUAUGGAUUCCAUACCAAUGGUUUUAGCAAAAAACAAUGCUAUUACCAUGAAUCACCACCUCUAUACAGAAGGCUGGAAUAAGGACAAGACUAGCGUCCACAUCAUGCCGGACACCCCUGAGGUUCUGCUCGCUAAACAAAACACAAUCAACUACAGCGAGAAAUUAUAUAAGCUUGGCCUGGAAGAAGCCAGGAAGAAAGGCUACGACCUGCGAGCCGACGCCAUCCCCAUCAAGGCGGCCAGGGCCUCCAGGGACAUCGCCAGCGACUACAAGUAUAAAGAAGGCUAUCGAAAGCAACUUGGUCACCAUAUUGGUGCUAGAGCUAUUCAUGAUGACCCCAAGAUGAUGUGGUCCAUGCAUGUUGCCAAGAUGCAGAGUGACCGUGAAUACAAGAAGGACUUUGAGAAGUGGAAGACCAAGUUCAGCAGCCCAGUGGACAUGCUGGGCGUGGUGCUGGCCAAGAAGUGCCAGACCUUAGUGAGUGACGUGGACUACAAGCACCACCUGCACCAGUGGACGUGUCUGCCCGACCAGAACGACGUCAUCCACGCUCGGCAGGCCUAUGACCUCCAGAGCGACAAUAUAUACAAAUCAGACCUGCAGUGGCUGAGAGGCAUUGGCUGGGUGCCCCUUGGCUCUUUAGAUGUGGAAAAAUGCAAAAGAGCAACUGAGAUUUUGAGUGAUAAGAUCUACCGGCAGCCUCCAGACAAAUUCAAGUUUACAAGUGUGACUGAUUCUCUGGAACAAGUGUUGGCCAAGAACAACGCCAUCACUAUGAACAAGCGCUUGUACACAGAAGCCUGGGACAAAGACAAGACCCAGAUCCACAUAAUGCCAGAUACACCAGAAAUUAUGUUGGCAAGAAUGAACAAAGUCAACUACAGUGAGACCCUUUACAAACUUGCCCACGAGGAAGCGAAGCAGAAAGGCUACGACCUGCGAGCCGACGCCAUCCCCAUCGUGGCGGCCAAGGCCUCCAGGGACAUCGCCAGCGACUACAAAUACAAAGAUGGUUACCGCAAGCAACUGGGCCACCACAUCGGGGCCCGGAACAUUGAGGACGACCCCAAGAUGAUGUGGUCCAUGCAUGUGGCCAAGAUCCAGAGUGACAGGGAAUACAAGAAGGACUUUGAGAAGUGGAAGACCAAGUUCAGCAGCCCAGUGGACAUGCUGGGCGUGGUGCUGGCCAAGAAGUGCCAGAUCCUUGUAAGCGACAUAGACUACAAGCACCCUCUGCACCAGUGGACGUGUCUGCCGGAUCAGAACGACGUCAUCCACGCUCGGCGGGCCUAUGACCUCCAGAGCGACAACAUUUAUAAAUCUGAUCUGCAAUGGCUGAGAGGCAUUGGCUGGGUCCCCAUUGGGUCAGUGGAUGUGGUCAAGUGCAAGAGAGCCGCAGAGAUCCUGAGUGACAACCUCUACCGCCAGCCUCCAGACAAGCUGCCAUUCACCAGCGUGCCUGACUCCCUGGAGCAGGUGCUGGCCAAGAGCAACGCCCUCAACAUGAACAAGCGCCUGUACACAGAAGCCUGGGACAAAGACAAGACCCAGAUCCAUAUUAUGCCUGAUACGCCUGAAAUUAUGCUGGCAAGACAAAAUAAAAUAAAUUAUAGUGAGAGCCUCUAUCGCCAGGCCAUGGAAGAAGCCAAGAAAGAAGGCUAUGACUUAAGGAGUGAUGCCAUUCCCAUCGUGGCUGCCAAGGCCUCUCGGGAUAUUGCCAGUGAUUACAAGUACAAGGAAGGCUAUCGUAAGCAGCUGGGUCACCACAUCGGCGCCCGAGCGAUACAUGAUGACCCCAAGAUGAUGUGGUCCGUCCACGUUGCCAAAAUGCAGAGCGACCGUGAGUACAAGAAAGAAUUUGAGAAAUACAAGACAAGGUACAGCAGCCCGGUGGACAUGCUGGGUAUUGUUUUGGCCAAGAAGUGCCAGACCCUGGUCAGUGACGUGGACUACAAGCAUCUUCUGCAUGAGUGGACCUGCCUCCCCGACCAGAACGACGUCAUCCAGGCACGGAAAGCCUACGACCUCCAGAGUGACAAUUUGUAUAAGUCAGACCUUGAAUGGCUGAAAGGCAUUGGCUGGGUUCCCAUUGGCUCCUUGGAAGUUCUUAAAGCCAAGAGGGCCACAGAGAUACUGAGCGACAAUGUCUACCGGCAGCGUCCAGACACGCUGAAAUUUACCAGUGUUACUGACUCUCUGGAGCAGGUGUUGGCAAAGAAUAACGCGAUAAACAUGAAUAAGCGCUUAUAUAUUGAAGCCUGGGAAAAUGACAAGAAAACAAUCCAUGUCAUGCCUGAUACACCAGAAAUCAUGCUGGCCAAACUCAACCGAAUUAACUACAGCGAUAAACUCUACAAACUCGCUCUGGAAGAGUCCAAGAAGGAGGGCUACGACUUGCGCCUGGACGCUAUUCCGAUCCAAGCUGCCAAGGCAUCAAGAGACAUCGCCAGUGAUUACAAGUACAAGGAAGGCUACCGCAAACAGCUCGGCCACCACAUCGGGGCCCGGAACAUUGAGGACGACCCCAAGAUGAUGUGGUCCAUGCAUGCGGCCAAGAUCCAGAGUGACAGGGAAUACAAGAAGGACUUUGAGAAGUGGAAGACGAAGUUCAGCAGCCCAGUGGACAUGCUGGGCGUGGUGCUGGCCAAGAAGUGCCAGAUCCUUGUAAGUGACAUAGACUACAAGCACCCUCUGCACGAGUGGACGUGUCUGCCGGAUCAGAACGACGUCAUCCACGCUCGGAAGGCCUACGACCUGCAGAGCGAUGCCAUUUACAAGGCCGACCUGGAGUGGCUGAGAGGCAUUGGAUGGGUGCCCAUCGGCUCUGUGGAGGUGGAGAAGGUCAAGAGAGCGGGAGAGAUCCUGAGUGACAGGAAGUACCGCCAGCCUGCAGACCAGCUCAAGUUCACUUGCAUUACGGACACCCCGGAGAUUGUCCUGGCAAAGAACAACGCCCUCACAAUGAGCAAGCAUUUGUACACAGAGGCGUGGGAUGCCGACAAGACCUCCAUCCACGUGAUGCCGGACACCCCGGAAAUCCUGCUGGCCAAAAGCAAUUCUGCCAAUAUUAGCCAAAAACUUUACACCAAAGGAUGGGAUGAAUCGAAGAUGAAGGACUACGAUCUGAGACAAGAUGCUAUUUCCAUCAAAAGUGCCAAGGCCUCCAGGGACAUCGCCAGUGAUUACAAAUACAAGGAGGCAUAUGAGAAGCAGAAAGGCCACCACAUCGGAGCCCAGAGCAUUGAAGAUGACCCCAAGAUCAUGUGCGCCAUCCACGCGGGAAAGAUCCACAGCGACAGAGAGUACAAGAAGGAGUUCCAGAAGUGGAAGACCAGGUUCAGCAGCCCCGUGGACAUGCUGGGCAUCUUGCUGGCCAAGAAGUGCCAGACUCUGGUCAGCGACAUUGAUUAUCGCAACUACCUGCAUAACUGGACGUGCCUACCCGACCAAAAUGACGUGAUCCAGGCGAAGAAGGCCUACGAACUACAGAGUGAUAACGUGUACAAAGCAGACCUGGAAUGGCUGCGUGGCAUUGGCUGGAUGCCUGAAGGCUCUGUAGAAAUGACCAGAGUCAAGGGUGCUCAGAAUCUGAUAAAUGAAAGGCUCUACAGAACGCCACGAGAAGCCCUGAAAUUCACCUGCAUUGUGGACACUCCAGAGAUUGUCCUGGCCAAAGCCAACUCUCUACAAAUGAGUGAAAAGCUGUAUCAAGAAGCCUGGAACAAAGAUAAAACCAACAUUUCCAUCCCUUCAGAUACUCCAGUCAUGCUGCAGGCCCAGAUCAAUGCCUUGCAGAUCAGCAAUAAACUGUACCAAAAGGACUGGGAUGAGGCCAAGCAGAAAGGCUAUGACUUAAGAGUUGAUGCCAUUGAAAUCAAACACGCCAAAGCCUCCAGGGAAAUUGCCAGUGAGUAUAAAUACAAAGAAGGCUACCGCAAGCAGCUAGGCCACCACGUGGGCUUCCGCUCCUUACAAGACGACCCCAAGCUGGUGUGGUCUAUACAUGCUGCCAAGAUCCAGAGCGACAGAGAAUACAAGAAAGCUUAUGAGAAGUCUAAGGGAAUUUACAACACACCCUUGGACAUGAUGUCAAUUGUUCAAGCCAAGAAGUGCCAGGUCCUGGUUAGCGACAUUGAUUAUCGCAAUUAUCUGCACCAGUGGACGUGUCUACCGGAUCAGAACGACGUGAUCCAGGCUAAGAAAGCCUACGAGCUGCAGAGUGAUAAUGUGUACAAAUCAGACCUGGAAUGGAUGAAGGGCAUCGGAUGGUUGACAGAGGGUUCUGUGGAUGUGCUGAGAGUGAAGAAUGCUCAGAAUCUUUUGAAUGAAAAGUUGUAUCGUACAAGGCCCGAGGCUCUCAAAUUCACCAGCAUUGUUGACACCCCCGAAGUGAUCUUGGCAAAGAUCAAUGCUGUACAGAUCAGCGAGCCGCUGUACCGCGAUGCCUGGGACAAAGAGAAGGCCAACGUGAACGUGCCCGCCGACACCCCGCUGAUGCUGCAGUCCAAACUCAACGCCAUCCAGAUCAGCAACAAACACUACCAGCAAGCUUGGGAAGAUGUGAAGAUGACAGGGUACGACAUACGCGCCGAUGCCAUCGGGAUCCAGCACGCCAAGGCCUCUCGGGACAUCGCCAGCGAUUAUCUGUACAAAACUGCUUACGAGAAGCAGAAAGGCCACUACAUCGGAUGCCGCAGUGCCAAGGAAGAUCCAAAGUUGGUUUGGGCAGCAAAGGUGUUGAAGAUGCAGAAUGACAGGCUGUACAAAAAAGCCUACAAUGACCACAAGGCCAAGAUCACCAUCCCGGGAGACAUGGUGUCCAUCAACGCCGCCAAAGAGGGCCAGGCGCUGGCAAGUAACGUGGACUAUCGGCACUACCUGCACCAGUGGUCUUGCUUUCCUGACCAGAAUGAUGUGAUCCAAGCCAGGAAAGCCUACGACCUGCAAAGUGAUGCCAUCUACAAGGCUGACCUGGAGUGGCUGCGUGGCAUUGGCUGGAUGCCUGAAGGGUCUCCUGAAGUCCUGAGAGUCAAAAAUGCCCAGGAGAUCUUAUCUGACAGCGUCUACCGGACGCCUGUGGUGAAGCUCAAGUACACAAGUAUUGUUGACACCCCUGAAGUUGUCCUUGCUAAAUCAAAUGCUGAAAAUAUUAGCAUUCCAAAGUAUAGAGAAGUUUGGGACAAAGAUAAAACUUCAAUCCACAUUAUGCCAGAUACUCCAGAAAUUAACCUUGCACGAGCCAACGCUCUUAACGUGAGCAAUAAAAUUUACCGCGAGGGGUGGGACGAGGUGAAGAUGAACUGUGACGUGCGGCUGGACGCCAUCCCUAUCCAGGCUGCCAAGGCCUCCAGGGAGAUCGCCAGUGAUUAUAAAUACAAGCUUGAGCAUGAGAAGCAGAAGGGGCACUAUGUGGGCACCCGGACAGCCAAGGACGACAACAAGAUCCGGUGGGCCCUGAUAGCUGACAAGCUUCAGAAUGAAAGAGAGUACCGGCUACACUGGGCCAAAUGGAAGAGCAAGUUCCAAAGCCCUGCAGACAUGCUUUCCGUUCUGCAUUCUAAAAAUUCCCAGGCCCUGGUCAGCGACGUCGAUUAUCGCCACUACCUGCACCAGUGGACGUGCAUGCCUGACCAGAACGACGUGAUUCAGGCCAAGAAAGCCUAUGAGCUGCAGAGUGAUGCUGUUUACAAGGCUGACCUGGAAUGGUUACGUGGAAUCGGGUGGAUGCCGAACGAUUCUGUGUCUGUCAAUCACGCCAAACAUGCCGCGGAUAUCUUCAGUGAGAAAAAAUAUCGCACAAAAAUAGAAACUCUCAACUUUACUCCUGUGGAUGACAGAGUUGACUAUGUGACAGCGAAGCAAAGUGGUGAGAUCCUUGAUGAUAUUAAAUACCGGAAAGACUGGAACGCCACCAAGUCAAACUACACCCUCACAGAAACGCCCCUGCUGCAUACGGCCCAAGAGGCUGCCCGGAUCCUGGACCAGUACCUCUACAAGGAAGGCUGGGAGAAGCAGAAGGCCACAGGGUAUAUUUUGCCUCCAGACGCUGUGCCGUUCGUUCACGCCCAUCACUCCAGUGACGUCCAGAGUGAGCUGAAGUACAAAGCCGAACACGUAAAGCAGAAAGGCCACUACGUCGGAGUUCCAACAAUGAGAGAUGACCCGAAACUGGUUUGGUUUGAGCAUGCGGGCCAGAUUCAGAAUGAGAGACUCUACAAAGAGGACUAUCACAAAACGAAGGCCAAAGUCAACAUACCCGCGGACAUGGUGUCCGUGCUGGCUGCCAAGCAGGGGCAGAGCCUUGUCAGUGAUAUUGAUUACCGCAAUUACCUGCACCAGUGGAUAUGCCAUCCCGACCAAAAUGAUGUAAUUCAGGCAAGGAAGGCCUAUGACCUACAGAGUGACAAUAUCUACAAAGCUGACCUGGAGUGGCUCCGAGGCAUCGGCUGGAUCCCCUUGGACUCUGUGGACCAUGUGAGGGUCACGAAGAACCAGCAGAUGGUGAAUCAGAUAAAAUACAAGAAAGCUGCUCUUGACAACUAUCCCAAUUUUACAAGUGUGGUGGAUCCUCCAGAGAUUGUGUUGGCCAAGAUUAAUGCAGUCAAUCAAAGUGAUGUAAAAUAUAAAGAAACAUUUAAUAAAGCCAAAGGCAAAUACACAUUUUCUCCUGAUACACCGUAUAUUUCCCACUCCAAGGACAUGGAAAAGCUCUACAGCACUAUACUGUAUAAGCGGGCCUGGGAGGGAACCAAGGCCUAUGGCUACACCCUGGACGAGCGGUACAUUCCCAUUGUUGGAGCCAAGCACGCCGACCUGGUGAACAGCGAGCUGAAAUACAAAGAGACCUAUGAGAAGCAGAAGGGCCACUACCUGGCUGGGAAAGAGAUCAGCGAGUUUCCUGCUGUGCUUCACUGCCGGGACUUCCAGCAGAUGAGGAGUGCGUUGAACUACAGAAAACACUAUGAGGACACGAAGGCGAACGUUCACAUCCCCAAUGACAUGCUGAACCACGUGCUGGCCAAAAGGUGCCAGUACAUCCUCAGCGACCUGGAGUACCGACACUACUUCCACCAGUGGACGUCUCUCCCGGAAGAGCCCAAGUUCCUGCUCGCGCGGAACGCCCAGGAGAUCUUAAGCGAUAAUGUGUAUAAAGAUGACUUGAACUGGCUGAGAGGCAUCGGGUGCUACGUCUGGGACACACCCCAGAUCCUCCAUGCCAAGAAAUCGUACGACCUCCAGAGUCAGAUCCAAUACACGGCCGCAGGCAAAGAAAAUCUGCAGAACUAUAACCUGGUCACAGAUACACCGGUUUACGUGACCGCUCUUCAGAGUGGCAUUAACGCCAGCGAGGUGAAAUACAAAGAAAAUUACCAUCAGAUUAAGGACAAGUACACCACAGUACUAGAAACCGCGGAUUACGACAGAACCAAGAAUCUCAAGAGUCUUUAUAGCAGCAACCUGUACAAGGAGGCCUGGGAUAAAGUGAAAGCCACCAGCUACAUUCUGCCGACCACCACCUUGUCCCUGACACAUGCCAAGAGCCAGAAGUAUCUGCCCAGCCAAAUCAAGUACCGAGAAGAAUAUGAGAAGUUCAAAGCUCUCUAUACCUUACCAAGAAGCGUUGAAGAUGACCCGAACACAGCGCGGUGCCUCCGAGUGGGCAAGUUUAACAUUGAUCGCCUGUACAGAUCAGUUUAUGAGAAGAACAAGAUGAAAAUCCACACUGUGCCUGACAUGGUAGAGAUGGUUACUGCCAAGGACACUCAGAAGAAAGUCAGCGAGAUUGAUUACCGCCUGCACCUCCACGACUGGAUUUGCCACCCUGACUUACAAGUCAACAGUCACGUCAGGAAAGUCACGGAUCAGAUCAGCGACAUUGUGUACAAGGACGACCUUACCUGGCUGAAAGGCAUCGGUUGCUAUGUGUGGGACACUCCGGAAAUUCUCCAUGCCAAGCAUGCUUAUGACCUCCGCAACGAUAUCAAGUACAAAGCGCAUGUGAUGAAAACGAGGAACGACUACAAGCUGGUCACCGACACGCCGGUCUAUGUGCAGGCCGUCCGAAGCGGGAAGCAGCUGAGCGAUGCGGUUUACCACUAUGACUACGUGCACAGUGUCAGAGGCAAAGUGGCACCGACCACCAAAACCGUGGAUCUGGACCGAGCUACUCACGCGUACAAGCUCCAGAGUGAGAAUCUGUACAAAGCUGGCCUGCGCUUCCUGCCCACUGGGUACCGGCUUCCGGUUGAUACGCCUCACUUCAAGCACACCAAGGACACCCGGUACAUGAGUAGCUAUUUCAAGUACAAAGAAGUCUAUGAACACAUAAAGGCAAACGGGUACACACUCGGGCCCAAGGACGUUCCAUUUGUCCACGUGCGGAGAGUCAACAACGUUACUAGUGAGCGACUGUACCGAGAACUGUACCACAAACUGAAAGACAAGAUCCACACCACUCCUGACACGCCUGAAAUCCGCCAAGUCAAGAAGACUCAGGAGGCCGUCAGUGAAUUGAUCUACAAAUCGGACUUCUUCAAGAUGCAGGGCCACAUGAUCUCCCUGCCGUACACACCCCAAGUGUUGCACUGCCGCUAUGUGGGAGACAUCACCAGCGACAUCAAAUACAAAGAGGACUUGCAGAUCUUGAAGGGACUUGGCUGCUUCCUGUACGACACCCCCGACAUGGUCCGUUCCCGGCACCUGAAGAAGCUCUGGUCUAAUUACCUGUACACUGACAACGCGAGGAAGAUGCGAGACAAAUACAAAGUGGUGCUUGACACUCCAGAAUACAGGAAAGUGCAGGAGCUGAAGACCCAUCUGAGUGAGCUGGUGUACAGAGCUGCAGGCAAGAAGCAGAAGUCCAUCUUCACCUCGGUGCCUGACACUCCCGAUCUCUUAAGAGCCAAGCGAGGACAGAAGCUUCAGAGUCAGUACCUGUAUGUCGAACUUGCCACCAAAGAGAGGCCCCACCAUCAUGCCGGGAACCAGACGACAGCUCUAAAACAUGCCAAAGACGUGAAGGACAUGGUCAGCGAGAAUAAGUACAAGAUUCAGUAUGAAAAGAUGAAGGACAAGUACACCCCGGUUCCAGACACACCGAUCCUCAUCCGCGCCAAGAGGGCCUACUGGAACGCCAGCGACCUACGCUACAAAGAAACAUUCCAAAAGACCAAAGGGCGAUACCACACUGUGAAGGAUGCUUUGGAUAUUGUUUAUCAUCGUAAAGUCACCGAUGAUAUCAGCAAGGUGAAAUACAAGGAGAAGUACAUGAGCCAGCUGGGCAUCUGGAGGUCCAUUCCUGAUCGCCCAGAACAUUUCCACCACCGGGCAGUCACAGAUGCAGUCAGUGAUAUAAAAUAUAAAGAAGACUUGAGCUGGCUUAAAGGCAUUGGCUGUUAUGCCUACGAUACCCCUGAUUUCACACUGGCUGAACAGAACAAGACUCUCUACAGCAAGUAUAAAUAUAAAGAGGUAUUUGAAAGGACGAAGUCAAACUUCAAGUAUGUUGCUGACUGUCCAAUCAAUAGACACUUCAAGUAUGCAACUCAGUUGAUGAACGAGAAAAAGUACAGAGCUGAUUAUGAGCAGCGGAAAGAUAAAUACCAGCUGGUAGUGGAUGAGCCUAGACAUCUGCUGGCUAAGACGGCAGGCGACCAGCUCAGCCAGAUCAAGUACAGGGAAAAUUAUGAAAAAUCAAAGGACAAAUUCACUUCAGUGGUGGACACUCCGGAACACCUGCGUACAACAAAAGUCAACAAACAAAUCAGCGACAUCCUUUAUAAACUGGAAUACAACAAGGCCAAGCCCAGAGGGUACACCACCAUCCACGACACGCCCAUGCUGCUGCACGUCCGCAAGGUGAAGGACGAAGUCAGCGAUCUGAAAUAUAAAGAAGUUUACCAAAGAAAUAAAUCUAACUGCACCAUCAAACCGGACGCUGUUCAUAUCAAAGCAGCCAAGGAUGCCUACAAAGUGAACACCAAUCUGGACUACAAGAGGCAAUACGAAUCCAGCAAAGCCUACUGGAAGUGGACCCCUGACCGGCCGGACUUCCUCCAGGCUGCGAAGGCGUCCCUGCAGCAGAGCGACUUUGAAUACAAGUUGGACCGGGAGUUCCUCAGGGGCUGCAAGCUCUCCGUCACUGACGACAAGGACAUGGUGCUGGCCCUCAGGAACUCCGUGAUAGAAAGCGACCUGAAAUACAAGGAGAAACACGUCAAGGAAAGAGGAACCUGCCACGCCGUGCCUGACACUCCUCAGGUCCUCCUAGCGAAGACUGUCAGCGACCUGGUGUCCGAGAACAAGUACAAGCGCCACGUCAAGAAGCACCUGGCCCAGGGCUCGUACACGACGCUGCCGGAGACCCGGGAUACGGUUCAUGUCAAGAAAGUGACCAAGCACGUCAGCGAUACAAAUUACAAGAAGAAAUUUGUCAAGGAGAAAGGGAAGUCCAACUACUCCAUCAUGCAGGAGCCUCCGGAGGUGAAGCACGCCAUGGAGGUGGCCAAGAAGCAGAGUGACGUCGCUUACAAAAAAGAUGCCAAAGAGAACCUGCACUAUACCACGGUGGCCGACCGGCCGGACAUCAGGAAGGCCACGCAGGCAGCCAAGCAGGCCAGCGAGGUGGAGUACCGAGCCAAGCACCGCAAGGAAGGCAGCCACGGCCUGAGCAUGCUCGGCCGGCCGGACAUUGAGAUGGCCAAGAAGGCGGCCAGGCUGAGCAGCCAGAUUAAAUACCGAGAAAAUUUUGACAAAGAGAAGGGCAAGACACCGAAAUACAACCCGAAAGACAGCCAGCUCUAUAAGACCAUGAAAGACGCGAGUAAUCUUGCGAGUGAGGUUAAAUACAAGGCUGACCUGAAGAAACUUCACAAGCCUGUGACUGACAUGAAGGAAUCGCUGAUAAUGAAUCACGUGCUCAGCACAAGCCAGCUUGCCAGUUCUUACCAGUACAAGAAGAACUACGAGAAGAGCAAAGGCCACUACCACACGAUCCCGGAUAACCUGGAGCAGCUGCACCUCAAGGAGGCCACAGAGUUACAGAGUAUAGUGAAAUACAAAGAAAAAUAUGAAAAGGAACGAGGAAAGCCCAUGCUGGAUUUUGAGACGCCAACGUAUAUCACUGCCAAAGAAUCUCAGCAGAUGCAGAGUGGGAAAGAAUAUAGGAAGGACUACGAAGAGUCCAUUAAAGGCAGAAACCUCACAGGCCUGGAGGUCACGCCAGCCUUAUUACAUGUCAAAUACGCAACCAAAAUAGCGAGCGAGAAAGAGUACAGGAGAGACCUGGAGGAGAGCAUCCGCGGAAGGGGCCUCACGGAAAUGGAAGACACCCCUGACAUGGUGCGAGCCAAGAACGCCACUCAGAUUCUCAACGAGAAAGAAUAUAAGCGAGACCUGGAACUGGAAGUCAAAGGAAGAGGCCUGAAUGCCAUGGCCAAUGAAACUCCAGAUUUUAUGCGGGCCAAGAAUGCCACGGACAUUGCCAGUCAGAUUAAGUACAAGCAGUCAGCGGAAAUGGAAAAAGCCAAUUUCACAUCUGUGGUCGACACCCCAGAGAUCAUUCACGCCCAGCAAGUGAAGAACCUUUCAAGCCAGAAAAAGUACAAAGAGGACGCAGAGAAGUCCAUGUCGUACUACGAGACGGUGCUGGACACGCCGGAGAUGCAGAGGGUCCGGGAGAACCAAAAGAACUUCAGCCUUCUCCAAUACCAGUGUGACCUUAAAAACAGUAAAGGAAAAAUUACAGUUGUUCAAGACACGCCAGAAAUACUGCGUGUUAAAGAAAAUCAAAAGAAUUUCAGCUCGGUUUUGUAUAAAGAGGAUGUCUCGCCCGGAACAGCCAUUGGAAAGACGCCCGAGAUGAUGAGAGUGAAGAAGACGCAGGACCACAUCAGCUCGGUGAAGUAUAAAGAAGCAGUUGGACAAGGCACUCCCAUCCCUGACCUGCCUGAAGUGAAGCGUGUCAAGGAGACCCAGAAGCACAUCAGCUCGGUUAUGUACAAAGAAAACUUGGGGACAGGCAUUCCAACCACUGUCACUCCAGAGAUUGAGAGAGUCAGACGCAAUCAAGAGAACUUUAGCUCGAUACUGUACAAAGAGAAUUUGAGCAAGGGGACCCCCCUUCCCGUCACUCCUGAGAUGGAGCGAGUCAAACGCAAUCAAGAAAACUUUAGCUCGGUGCUGUACAAAGAAAACCUGGGGACAGGAAUCCCAAUUCCCAUCACUCCUGAGAUGCAGAGAGUCAAACACAAUCAAGAAAACAUUAGCUCGGUUUUGUACAAAGAAAAUGUGGGGAAAGCCACCCCAACCCCAGUCACUCCAGAGAUGCAGAGAGUCAAACGCAAUCAAGAAAACAUUAGCUCGGUGCUAUACAAAGAGAACAUGGGGAAAGCGACCCCCACACCCUUUACUCCUGAGAUGGAAAGAGUCAAACGCAAUCAAGAAAAUUUUAGCUCGGUAUUGUACAAAGAAAACAUGAGAAAAGCAACUCCAACACCUGUCACUCCAGAGAUGGAGAGAGCUAAGCGCAACCAAGAAAACAUUAGCUCGGUUCUUUAUUCUGACAGCUUCAGGAAGCAGAUCCAAGGCAAGGCUGCCUACGUGCUAGAUACCCCUGAGAUGAGACGGGUGAGGGAAACCCAGCGGCACAUCUCAACGGUGAAGUACCAUGAAGACUUUGAGAAGCAUAAAGGUUGCUUCACACCAGUGGUGACAGACCCUAUCACUGAACGAGUCAAGAAGAACACGCAGGACUUCAGUGACAUUAACUACCGAGGCAUUCAGCGAAAAGUGGUAGAAAUGGAACAAAGACGGAAUGACCAGGAUCAGGAGACUAUCACGGGUUUACGUGUCUGGCGCACUAAUCCUGGCUCAGUUUUUGACUACGACCCCGCAGAGGACAAUAUUCAGUCCCGAAGCUUACACAUGAUCAACGCCCAAGCUCAGCGCCGGAGCCGGGAGCAAUCGCGAUCUGCCAGCGCGCUGAGCAUGAGUGCUGGGGAGGAGAAAUCUGAGCACUCGGAAGCCGCCGGCCGCCACCUCUCCACCUACAGCGAUGGAGGCGCCUUUUUCUCUACAACCUCCGCAGCUUACAAACAUGUAAAAACCACAGAGCUUCCACAACAAAGAUCAUCGUCAGUUGCUACCCAACAGACAACAUUAUCUUCUAUCCCAUCUCAUCCCUCUACAGCUGGAAAAAUAUUCCGUGCCAUGUAUGACUACAUGGCUGCAGAUGCAGAUGAGGUGUCCUUCAAAGAUGGAGAUGCUAUUGUAAAUGUUCAAGCUAUUGACGAAGGUUGGAUGUACGGCACCGUGCAGAGGACAGGCAGGACCGGCAUGCUCCCAGCGAACUACGUGGAAGCUAUUUAAGCACCUCAAGAGCUCACACCUGUCUGCAGGAGCUACAACACCUGCAGCCAGAUUUCAGUUUAGACUCCACAUACCCAAGUUUUGAAGCUGCCUAAUGGUUUUCUGUGUCAAUAUGUAUGGAAGUACUACCCACUUAUUUUUUUCUGUAUAAGCUCCAGUAAUUCUUAGAUAAAACAAAUGUUAGUAUGAUUGAUC